AUGGUGCUAACUCAUGGGUAUGUUCAUGGACAUAUCCAUAAACAUAAGGAUCAUACCCAUAUACAUGGACAUAUUCAUAAUCAUGAUCAUAAUCAAGAGAAUCAGGAAAAUGAAAAGGAUGAGGCAGUACAAGAGCAGCAACUUACUAAAGCACCAGUACUAACUUCAUCUCUGAUUGAUUCUUGUAAACAGUUGGAGGAUGAACUAAAUAUAUGUAAUGAGAUUUUCUGUGAUGAGUUAGAUGAUUGCUAUUUCCAUUCAUGUGAUGAUAAUUUAAUUGAAAAUGAUGAUUGUAAAAAUUGUGAUUAUAAUGAACUUUCUUGUUGUGAUGAUGAAUUAGACCAAUCAUUACUACCGCUGGCUUAUGAAGAAGUAUGCAAUGAUCCGUCAUGUCUUGACUCAAAUAGUUGUUGUCAAGAUUCAAUAAAUCAUCAAGAUAAUUUAUGUGAUUUACAAUAUCAGAAAAAACCAAUUUUUGAAAACUUAAUUGGUAAUGUUCAUAAAAAUUUUGACUUAGAAUCAUCUUCUAUUAAAAAAAGAAAAUUGAAUGAUAACGAUAAUAUUAAACUUCAUUUCCCUCAUCCCUGUCAUCCAGAUACUUCUCUAAAUACAAAUGAUCAUAAUCUUCAUCAAUCUUGUUUCCAUACUAGAAUCCCAACAAAUACAAGUGAAAAAAUGAUGUCCGAUUUUGAUUUUUAUAUUCAAUUUAAUAAUUUUAAAAAAAUUAUGUCAAAUAAAGAUGAAAAUUUAUUAAAUUUUAGUGAAAAACCUCUAGUGGUUCCAGAAUUAUUAUCUCAACCAGAAAAACCAAACUUAUCAACUUUUGCUUGUCGUUGGGAUAAUUGUUUUAAAAAAGUCACCGAUGAUACUUUAAUGAACCAUUUAAUUAAUGAUCACAUUGAUCAAGACUAUAAUUCUCCCAAUGCAAAUCAAUCGUUUCAAUGUGAAUGGAAUGAUUGUAAUUAUAUGAAUGAAGAUUUAAACACCUUGAUAACCCAUUUGAAUUGUCAUCGUGGUAAACAUGAUAUUAAUAAUUCUUUAUAUAAAAAGGAAUCUCCGAUUUUAACUCCAAAUUCCAUUUCAAAAUCUUCGUUAUCUUCUCCCGAUAAUAAAAUUAUUAAAAAUGAAUUUGAUAAUGAUCGUGAAUCAUCUCCCUUCACAAUAACUUCAAUGAAGAUAUCUCCCAAAAAAAGUUCUUGUCGUUCAAAUUGUUCUCAUAAAAUUGAUGAUAAGUUCACUUGUAAAUGGCAAAUUGGUACUAAUUCAGAUGGUUCUCCCAUGUCGUGUGAUAAAACUCAUAAUGAUUCGGGUGACUUACAAAAUCAUCUAAUGAAUGAUCAUAUUGGUAGUGGGAAAUCUAUUUAUCAUUGUAAUUGGAUUGAUUGUGAACGUAAUCAUGGUAAACAUUUUACUCAAAGACAAAAAUUAUUAAGACAUAUUCAUAUUCAUACUAAUUACAAACCGUGCAAAUGUUCAGUCUGUGGUUCUUCUUUUGCUGUCGAUUCAAUGCUAAAACAACAUAUGAGAAUUCAUUCCGGUGAAAAACCUUUUAAAUGUAAUAUUUGUGGUAAAAAUUUCGCUACCAGUUCAAGUUUAUCAAUUCACAAUAGAACCCAUACUGGUGAAAAACCCCUUGUUUGCAAGUGGCCAAAUUGUGGUAAAAGAUUUAGUGAAAGCUCAAAUUUAACUAAACAUAUGAAAAUUCAUACUAAAUUAUUCAAAUGUGACCAUUGUGGUGAGGAAUUCGAUAAAAAAAUCGCCUUCACAAAACAUUUGAAGCUCCACCAAAUCGACUAA